AUUUUUGCGUGGUUUCCGAUAAAAAGCGUACCUAUGUAUUAUAAUUUUUCAAAGGGAAAUUUGGUUUUACCUCUCAGGUGGAACCUUUCAGAGCGUACCGCUGUUUUCACACGGACCGGAGAUAUUCCCAGACAUGGCAAACUGCACGCGGACUGUUUGGAAAGUUUUAGCAGGAUGCCAGAGGCAGCUGCUGAGCGCCAACAGUCCCGCCUACACUGGUGUCUCACAAACGGCACGGAGGAAUCUCCCCAUCAGGACUUUUGCAGCUGUCAGGGCACAAAGGAGAGAAAAGAAAGAAGACCCAGAGAAGGAGGUGAAGAAGGAGAAGAAGGUUAUCGAUGACAAAAACAGACAUAAGCCUUUUGGCAAGACAUUGUGGGCACCUGUGGAUGAUGUGUACAUUGUGAGGUACUACCCCAGGACCAUCUACAGCGCAGCAGACGCCAUCGACAUGCUGAAGAACUUCCAGGCGUUGGACUUCACUCCCCACAGUCAGCCUGUUUACAUUGAUCUGAGGCUUGACAUGAAACUGGAGAAAAAGAAAAAAGUCGACCCCUUCGUCAGCACCUUGCACUUACCUCACCCCUUCAAGACGGAGAUGAACAAAGUUUUAGUUUUCACUGAGGAUGCUAAUCAAGUUAAAGUUGCCCAGGAGAACGGAGCUGUGUUUGCUGGAGGAGCAGAGCUCAUCCAGCCGAUCUUAGAUGACGAGAUUUCAGCAGACUUCUACGUAGCUGUUCCAGAUAUGCUGCCGAAGCUUUUACCGCUAAAAAACAAACUGAGGAAGAAGUUUCCAAAGAGCAAGAGAGGCACAGUUGGCAAAAACAUUACUCAUAUGUUGGAGUUGUUUAAAACGGGCCAUGAGUUAAUGGUGGAGAACGAGUGCUACGUCAGGACCCAGAUCGCCACGCUCGACAUGCCCAAAGAACACAUCUUUGCCAACCUGCAGACUAUCCUGACCGAUGUUUGCUCCCACCGACCAGCUGACAAGGGACCUUUCAUCGAGCGAGCGAUCAUCGCCAGUCAUACCAGUGAAGCUCUGUGGUUCAAGAGUGAAGACGUCUUAUUGAAACCAGCAGAGACGGAGGAGGAGGAGGAAUGAGGCGAGUCUCAGAUUGUAUAUAAUCAGUGUACUGAAUAAAGUUUUGCUCCUC